AAUCAUGUGUUGUGCCUGGAGGACCUUUAGACUUUUCGACAUCAAUCAAAUUGAGCUUUUUACUGUUUGAACAUUACGGUCGUUGCGGAAACCGUUUCGGUUUUACAGUGUUGAAGAUAUGCAAAUCCUUAGAAAUCCUGCUCGGAAACAGCUUUUCCUACAGUCGACUUGUUAUGUUCUAGAAGUGUUACAUCCCCUAAUUUAUUUCAGCUAACGUCUAUGUUUAUAGUUAUACCUUCUUACAAGCUCUAAAAUGACAUCUUCCAUGACCGGCGGCAGCUCGAGCGUAACGUCUGGUCGCCGAGAUCGCAGAACCUCGAGUUCGUCCGAUGUGAUGGCGUCCAUGACUGCAUCAAGGGCUGCUGCAACGUAUUUUGACAAGAUUGAACGCUACGAACUUCAAGAGACUCUUGCUUACACCUCUAGUGACUGGCUACUUUCGACCGAAGACACACGGAUUUCUGUAGAACCUCCGCGAGGACUGAUUGCUGGGAUUCAAAUUCCCAGUGAUUUCAACAACUGUUUGCUUUUAAUCCCAGAGGAGGAAGGUAUCGAGCCCUUAGAGUUGCGAGAAAUGCAUCAAAUUGUUCGUGAACUGGUUAUCGGGAUCUACAUUUUGAAUCAAACUCCCUCAAUCAGUUUGGAAGCUAAUUAUGACUGCAGUACGUCUUGCCAGAUUCCCCCCGCUUACUUCGAUACAAGAAUUGGCCAGAUACUUUCCGAUGUAGAUUACAUGAUGAAAAGUUUAUGGCACGGGGCUUACUUUCCAAAGGAUAAAAGAACAAAAUUCGCAGAACGAUGGAGGCAAGCUGUGAAUUUAAACACAACAACUGGAGAACCUGAAACACGACGUAGUUUACAGCUUGUGUGGACAGAGGCGGGUAUCUCAGACCUUGCUAAAGAUCCCGAGCUUACUGCGGCUUAUGAGGCCUUGCCUUUGGAAAAUAAGGAUGAUCCAGUUGCUAUUGAGGAAAGGAGACACUUCCUGAAGCAUGUUGAUGAACUAGCAUUGAAAUUAACUUUGUUUCAAAAUUCUGUCAAUCAACACCAAAACAUGUUCUUGAUUGACGCUAAUUAUCACAUCUCAAGCGUUGUGAGAUCAGACAAAAUUGAUCUUCCUGGUUAUGUAAAGCUACAGCGAAGGCUGGGUGUCCAUCAGGAGUUUAUCAGGAAAACUCUACCAUUAAAGCCAGAAGUGAAACGACAGCUUUGUCUCCUCAAGUUUAUAAGCUUCAUGGUGCCUUUUCUGAUUGCAAUCAAAAAGCGUUGUAAAGUUCCAGACAUUAACAAACUCCUUCCUGCAUUUACAUUUGAGGAGGGUAAAACUGAACGUGAGUUCCCACCACUCAUCUUACGACCAGAGUUUAAGUGCAAGCAUUUUGAUCAUUCAGAGAAAUACUUUCAUCUUCAUGGAGGAAUUUCAAUUGAACGCAAAACUACCCCUGCUCAAAAGAUCCCCUCAGAAAUUGUAACAGAGCGGGAAAACCUGGAAUACAUAGCCUCUGAAGCUUGCAACAAAAUCAUGAGUUCUGACACUGUCAUGUUGGAGAGUUAUCCCAUGACAGCAGUUGAAAUCGAAAGCAAGAGUUAUUUUGUCCUGAACAUUCAUCUUGAGACAUAUUACCCAGUGUCACCAAAACACCCUUUAUGGAUACAUGCUCAUUAUGAUGAAAUCAUGAAAUUGAAACCUAAAAGGCUUCCUGUGCAUGAGUUACAAAUUCAUGAACAGUUUAAGAAGAGGUACGGUUACCAAAGAACAGUCAAACUCAAGCAGAUCCCUGCUGGGCUCCAAGCUAGUGCACAGAGGGGCCUUGUUUCGAUUUUUCACACCAUGACAAGGAGAUUGCCACCAUCCCGUCUAACAACGCAAGAUUCAUCAGGUCUGUCACUUAUCCAUCAUGCCGCCAUAUUUAACAGGCCUCAGAUUAUUACAAUGCUGGUGGUGAUGGGAUUUGAUGUAAAUGUUCGACGCUAUAACAACAUUUCAUCCCAAGGUGUAAGUCCACUUCACCUGGCAGCAAGAUGUGGUGCACUAGACAGCUUGAUUUGCCUGGUCACAUACAAAGCUGAUGUUAUGAUGUAUGACAGUCAGGGAUGGGUGUCGGUUCAUUAUGCUGCCUUUUUUAACCAUGUUGAUUGCCUUUUGCAUUUGAUACACCAUGAACCCAAAUUACUCGAGCUUAAGUCAAAAGAUGCCUUGGAAUCAACACCAAUUCUUUUAGCAGCCUCCAGUGGUGCUCUUGAUGCAGUCAAGUGUCUAAUUGAACUUGGUUCACAGUACACAUCAGUAGAUAAGGAAGGAAAUGGAGCAGUUCACCUUGCUGCUCUUCAUUUUCACACCAAUACACUAGAGUACUUCAUCAGUUGGAACAAUAGUGAAGUUCCUGUCUGGGAUCUGUUAGUUGGUAUGUUGAAGUCAGAUGACACCAAGAGAAAGCACAGUGCAGUCAGAUGUCUUGAAGUUUUGUCCCUUGCUGCAGAAAACAACUGGAAAUCUAUCCUACUUGCAGGAGGAGUCCCUGCGCUUGUAGAUCUACUCAGACUUGAGAAUGUUGAGCUUCAAUCACUUGCAGCAUCUGUUUUGUGCAACAUUGGCAGUCAUGGUGAAGUAAGAGCUGAAGUAUCAAAAGCAAAUGCCACUCCUGUAGUUGUCAGCUUGUUAGAUUCACCAGUACCUAUGAUCCAUUCCCGUGCAGCAGUUAUACUUGGUGACUUGGCUUGUUUGGAUGUGAAUCAGGAAAAGAUUGCAGAAGAAGGUACUGUGGGCAAUAUUCAGCUUUAUUAAGUUACCUUUUUGAAUACUUUUGAAUACUUUGUUUCUGUUUUUGAGCAGUACAGGGGUGUUAAGAAUAUAGUCGUACCCUCUUGCCAUUUUUUUAGUUCCCAUGCAUUAAUAUUUUAUGCCUGAAAAACAUUUUGUCCCUUUAGGAGGAAUAGAGCCACUGGUAAGAUUGUUGGACUCCAAGCUUGAGCAUGUGUUGGUCAACUGUGUCAAUGCACUCAGGGUUUUGUGUGAUGGUAACCAUAGCAACCAGACAGCUGUGGCUCAGAUUGGUGCUGUUGCUAUUCUCACUGAACUUUUAAGUAAGUUAUAUUAAAACUUAAGUUAAAAAUAGUUUUUUUUACUGGCUCUCAUUUCCUGGUAAAUCUCUGGUAACAAUUUUUGGCUGAAAUAUCAGGACAACUUCUUCAAGUUGUAACUUAGAUUAUGAGAAAGAGAAGUAUAGAUUUUUUUAUACAAGUUUUGCACCCAAUUAUCAAUUCGAAACUUGAACAUCCCCCUUCCCCACAAACAAACCCAUUGCAUUGAAGUAAUGUAAUGGCAAUUUAAACAGGCCUGUUUUAAAAGGUUUCAAAAGAUGCGUGAGGGGUUCCUGGGGAAUGUUGCAGUUGUGAAUUGAUCAAUUGAUCAUCACAUUAUUCCUUUAAGUCCCAAGAGUGGCCCACAGCAAUUUUCUCAGGACUAUCAUUAUCAAGAGAUUAGUUAAAGAUCAUGCAAGGAAAAACUGCUUUAAUCUUCCAACAAAUUUUCUCAUCUAAUGCUUUGAAUAAAUGUAUGGAAAUCAGUCUGGAGAAUUUGUAUGUGGAGUAUUUAUAAAUGAAAUAAGUACUAGCGAUAUCUGUGUGAGUAAUACUGACUAUCCUGAUCAGCUGUGUUCACUAUUCGAUAAUACUCUUUGCUCUCUACUUGAUCGUCAUGCUCCUGUUAUACGUCAGAGAAUUACUGUUUGACCAAGAGGUCCAUGGAUGACUGAUACUUGGUAGCUAAAGAACAAUGGAGGAAAGCUGAAAAGAUAUGGAGAACCUCCAGAUCACACACCAAUUUAUUAGGUUUUCGUUCUGCAAGGAAUUAUCUAACCUUUCUUAUGAACAAUGAUGUUGUUUGUCACAAAUCUAACGUGAAACAGCUUUACUUCUCAAAACAGUAAAACGCAUGCUCUAUUUAACCAAGGUUUUGUUAUGUUACGUUCUGAUUUAUAAUCUAGAAGUAUCUUUUAAUUUUCACUUGAUAUUUCUACAAUUAAAUGUGAUUACAAUGCUCACUGUGCAGUAAAAACUGUUUUUUUCCUUACUCUGGGCUAUUUUCUUCGAGCUCCCGAUAACUCGAACUCCCGAUAACUUGAACCUUUUUCGAUUUCCCUUGAAGGUUCGAGUUAUCGAGAGUCGACUGUAGUAGUCGGUGGGUGAGUGCAAUAAAAAUGCGAAGAUGGUUUCAAAUCCUUAAACAAGGUUAAGAACAAUGGAGGAAAGCUGAAAAGAUAUGGAGAACCUCCAGAUCACACACCAAUUUAUUAGGUUUUCGUUCUGCAAGGAAUUAUCUAACCUUUCUUAUGAACAAGGCUCACUGUGAUUACUACACAAACUUUGUUAAUGUGAACAGUGUGAACCAAAGGAGAUUAUUCGAUGCAAGCAAAUCACUUUUGAAUAUAUCAAGAUCUGCUAGCCUACCUUUAUCUGCCGAUGAUCAUCAGCUAGCUAACAAUUUUGGUGCAUCGUUUACUAAAAAAAAAAAAGCCAUUAUUUCAGCGAUACCAAUGGUACCAUUACCAAUUCCACUUUUUCUGAAUUCAACCUUCUCUCCAAAUCUGAAGUAUAUGGCCUCAUUACAUUAUUAUCAAAGACACCUUGUCCUCUUGAUCCCACAUCCCAACCAAACUUGUUGUUGAAUGCCUUAAUGUGCUACUGCCUCCGAUCACUAGAAUAAUAACCUUUCUCUUGAUUCUGCAUACUUUUCUUGUGCUUGGAAGCAUGCUUUGGUAUGGGCAUAGUUAAAGAAAGAUGGUUUAGAUCUCCUCUUUAAAAAUUACAGUCCUGUGAGUAAUUUUGUGUAUGUUUUAAAACUAGUAGGGACUGCAGUUGCUAAGCAACUACAACAUUAUCUGUUUAGCAAUGAUCUGCUUCCAGCAUCACAAUCAGCAUAUCAUCCCAAUCACUGCACAGAGACAUCUUUGUUGAGAGUCACAAGUGACAUUCUUCUUAAUACGAACAAUCAAUGUGUUACUUUGCUUCUACUACUAGACUUGAGCGCCCCUUUUGAUACCGUGAUUAUGAUACUCUAUUGCAUCAAGCUCCAGUUUUCAUUUUGUAUCCAAGGGAAAGUUCUCUUUUGGUUUAAGUCAUAUUUGUCUUGAAGAUCUCAGCAAGUAUUGAGCGAUGACAUAUUCUCUGAUUAGUUCUGUUUAUGCUGUAUACGAGUAAGCUUUUUGAGAUUGUUAAAACCCAUCUGCCUGAAGUUCAUUGUUAUGCACUCUCAGAUAUUACACGGGUUUUCAUUUCGUUUAGCCCUAAUCUUAUCUGUCAGACCGGUUUUCAGCCUUAAAAAGAAUGGAAAAUUGCAUAUCAGAUGUUUGUGGAUGUUGAAUGACAAUCUUAAAUUGAAUGACGACAAAACUGAAUUUCUCAUUAUUGGCACACCAGAACAGCUGGAAAAGGUGGACAUCAUGAGUAUCUGCGUGGGUAGCUCUGACAUUCAUCCUGUUCCCACUGCAAGGAAUCUAAGUUUCUGGUUUGAUUCUAGGCUGUCCAAGUGAAAGCAUAAUACAAAGAUCUAGCCUGCGGUUCUUCCUUUUUCCAUUUCUACAACAUACAACACAUCAGGAAUUAUCUCUCACAAAAAUCAACCGAGACACUUAUUCAUGUUUUCAUAUCCAGUUGUCUUGACUACUACAACAGCUUAUUGUAUGGCCUGCUUUAUUCGUCACUACAUAAGCUACAGCACGUACAACGCAAAUGCUUUUGCAUUUUUAAUGAACACAAAUUUUUUCACAUAAUUCCUGGCCUUAUAAUGGAGUUGCACUGGUUACCAAUUAAAUGUAGAUUAGAGUUCAAAAUUUUUUUGAUUACUUUUAAGAUUCUUCAUGUUUUAGCUCCAUCUUUUUUAUCAUCUCUUAUUUCUCUUAGGCCUCCAUCAAGAUAUAAUCUCAGGAUCUCAAAUGAGAAUCUUUUACUUAGUUAUCCCAGUUUCAUAUGCAAAGCAGCACUCGGUGAUAGGUCCUUCACUUGCGCUGCUCCAAGGCUCUGGAAUUCUUUGCUAUUUGAUGUCAGAUGCACCAAAUCUGUUGAUGUUUUUAAAGUAAAGCUUAAAACACACCUAUUUAGUUCAGCAUGUUUAUUAUCAUAACUUAAAGUAUGUAACAUUUGAUCAUUGUAAUAUUUUAUUGUGCAUUUUUAAAUUGAAGCUGCUAUUUUUGUCUAUUUAAAUUUUGGAUCUUACUUUCUAACUGACUGUCAUGCGCACUAUAAAACCCAAUGUAUUAUUAUUAUUAUUAUUAUUAUUAUUAUUAUUAUUAUUAUUAUUAUUAAAGGGUUAACUUGGAAAAGUUUUAUGGCAAUGAUUAUUCCUUUUGUCAAUAAAAGUCAUUUUAUCUUAAGUUGCUAGUUUUAAUUUUACAUGAGGAACAUCAGAUUGUAAUAAGGCAUACCCAUGGCUGUUAAAUCCUAGGUGCCAAAUCAAAGAAUCUGCAAGCCAAUACUGCCGCUUGCCUCAGCUCUUUAGCCAAGAACCAUCGUGAAAACCAAGACUUGAUUGUAGCGACAGGAGCUGUCAAACCGUUGGUGGUAUUAGCAAAGAGCACCAAAACGUUAUGCCAAGUGAAGGCUGCAAGUGCUCUGGAGUCUCUUGCUUCAAAUAACCCUGAAGCACAGAAAGAGAUUGACACAGCUGAUGCACAACGUCCUCUGAUAAGACUUCUUAAAAUGUGGGCCAUUGAAGUGAAGGAACAAGGUAUGUUGUAAUCUCCAGGUCAUUAGUCUAAUAGCUAUAGUCAAACACUGUUGAAAGAAUUCACAACUGAAGAUAAUGUCAGUAACCAAAACUCAUGCAUGUAAAAAUUACUUAGCUUUGGCAAAUAAAGAAACAAUAAGUAAUUUAAUAUUUUGAUACCUAAAGUUGCAUUCAAAUUAUUAAGGUUAUUAAUGCUCAGUGGAAAGUAACAGGCCAUUUUUUGCAGCCAGUAAUUCACAGGGUACAAAACUGCCUUGUUGGAGAGUGAGGGAAGCACUGGAACAAGAUGAAUAAAAGGUUUAAAAUGUCAUUAUAAGUGGUAAUGAAUUCCUUUGUUUGUCUUGUCCCAGUGCAUUUCUUGCUCUACAGCAUGGUGGUAAUUGUACUAUGUGAAUGACUAGUUGCAAAAGGCCUACAUAUGUAUCUCGUGAUGCCUGUUUGGAUUCAAAUGCAUUUUCACUUGAAUCACAAUAGGGAUUCUAAAUGCCAAGGUCUUGUCUCAAAGCAGCACUUGGUGAUAGGUCCUUCACUUGCGCUGCUCCAAGGCUCUGGAAUUCUUUGCUAUUUGAUGUCAGCUGCACCAAAUCUGUUGAUGUUUUUAAAGUAAAGCUUAAAACACACCUAUUUAGUUCAGCAUGUUUAUUAUCAUAACUUAAAGUAUGUAACAUUUGAUCAUUGUAAUAUUUUGCGUCAAAGAAUUACUGUUUGACCAAGAGGUCCAUGGAUGACUGAUACUUGGUAGCUAAAGAACAAUGGAGGGGCACCCAACGCUAAUUUUCGGAAAAUAUCUGUUCGGAAGACGAUUUGAUAUCUAGAAUUUUUGGAACAUUUGUUGUAAAAUUUCUUGCUUGCCUGCCUCUCCUAGAAUUUCCGAACAACAAAAAAAUGGUAUAAUUGCCCAUUUUUCACGGAUUUUGACCCUUAAAAGGUCACCUAGAAUUUUUGGGAGCCAUUUUUUCGGAUCACUAGACUUUCAGCUAGGAAAUCCGAACAAAUGAAAAAUUUUUCGGAGAUAAAAAUAUGCCUUUAUCUACCGUUUAAAUACUAAAAUACGUUUAACAAUGCUAUGUUUAAGUGGUUUUGAACUAUAUUCUCGAUGGGUGCCCCUGCAAGGUGUCCAAGAGCAUGGUGUGAAUUUGGUGUUUAAAAAUGUUGCCCUGUGGCCUCAAACAAGGAGGAAAAAAUAAUCAGAUUUUUCUUGAAUAGAUUUGGGAAGGCUUGAUUCUAAUUGAUCCUUUCACAAUCCUUUUAAAAACAGUAAAAGUGCCUUAAUGCGUACAUACACAUAUUUGCCAGUGUUGAUAAUAAAGUUCUAGUAAUGGGGUCAUAUAAAUUAAAUUUUUGAAAUUAUGGGAUUUGUUGGGAUAUUUUGAAAGAAAAACAUCCAAAGGGCGUACUUGCCACAAGUUAGCAUUCCAGAGCAAAUUGUCUCGGAGACACUAGUCCCGUUUUGCCCAUAUGACUCCAUAAAAAGCCUUCUAAAUAGGCGAGUUUCGUAUUCCCGGGUGGCCUAGGACAAGUGUUUUUUUGCGCGAAAGCGAGGCUAAUGCGGGUCACUUCUCGCCAAAAAGACAAGCAAACCUGAGAAAACUGCGGCUGAGUUGCCGAAAAAAAGGAAAAUUUGAAACGUUGAACGGUUUUGGAGGUCUCUAAACUUACUUACAUUGUUUCAAACAGCAAAGGGUAAAUUAGCUCGUCAUCACUAAGAAAAUCAACGAGCCGAACCAGAAAUUGGCCGAAAUACAGUUGACUCCCGAUAACUCGAACCCUCGUUAACUCGAACCUCGCGCUAACUCGAACCAAAGUCGAUUUCCCUUGGAUUUCCGUCAUACAUUUACUGUAAUUUUACCCUCGGUAACUCGAACGCUCGAUAACUCGAACUUCCCGCUAGCUCGAAGUAGUUUUUGUUUCCCCUCAGAUCAUUUCUAAUAUAAUUUUACCCUCGAUAACUCGAACCAUGUUGUGAGCCCUUAAAAGUCGGGAAAAAACAGUCCACUGGCGUCCCAAACAUUGAAUUUUGAAUUUCCCAUUGACGUAUUGUAGGCAUAUAGUUUACGAGAGGAGGCUGAUGUUGUUUGUCACAAAUCUAACGUGAAACAGCUUUACUUCUCAAAACAGUAAAACGCAUGCUCUAUUUAACCAAGGUUUUGUUAUGUUACGUUCUGAUUUAUAAUCUAGAAGUAUCUUUUAAUUUUCACUUGAUAUUUCUACAAUUAAAUGUGAUUACAAUGCUCACUGUGCAGUAAAAACUGUUUUUUUCCUUACUCCGGGCUAUUUUCUUCGAGCUCCCGAUAACUCGAACCUUUUUCGAUUUCCCUUGAAGGUUCGAGUUAUCGAGAGUCGACUGUAGUAGUCGGUGGGUGAGUGCAAUAAAAAUGCGAAGAUGGUUUCAAAUCCUUAAACAAGGUUAUACCCUGAAGCCAUUUUAAUGUUAUUUUCAGUGAUGGUUAAAACUACUUUAAACCUACCUUCCAUUGGAGUGUACUUACUUGUCGAAAGCCUGCAAAUGAAACUAAAACCUUCUUUUUAGUUGACAUUUUUUCUAACGGAGCGAAUACAAAAUCUUGUGUAUUUGAUAAAAAAUAAACCGACGGGGCAGACUUUCUGCAUAAAUUCCUUGCUCUGUAAGGACGUUAAAUCGGUUUAAACUAAGAUGACUAAAAUAGCAUGAGCUUAUUUAUACAUAAUUUACAUUUAGCGUACAUCAUAAUUUACAACAAUAUUGAGUCACCUAAAGAAAAACGUACGCACAUUUCACUCGACAAGAACUUAAACACAGAAUUUUAUAUAGACGAUAUACUGAGCCAUGUAAACUCCAUUUUGCAGAUAUACACUGGAGUAAAGUAGAAUACUAACAAAUAAGAUAAUUAAAGGGAGUAAAAUAUUGUCAUUUUAACAUACUUUACCCUUUUCAAGCUUAAGAAUUUUACUUCUUCUUUCGGCUUUGCCGCGUUUUUCCUUUGUUCUGUUAAGUUCGAUCAGCUUUUUCCACAAUUUUGUUGUUUGGAACAGAUAUCGUUUUGGCUUACUGGUAAAGUUUAAGCUUUGAAAUCUUACUAUUUUAAAGAUCUUUAUCGUUUUCCAGCGUAUCAGCGGCAAAUUACCUAUGUUUGUUUUUGUUUUUGCAAAGAAGUUGACCCUCAUUCCCUCUUUAUCCUCGAAAUCGUGCUCGUUCCAGGGCUGUGGGGGAAUAUAAAACUUCGAAGGAUUUGUAUGGAGUCAUCAGAGCAUAACUGGGCUAAUAUAUCAAAGACCAUUCUGGAAUGCUGAUUUUUGGCAAGUAGGGAUUUUGGAUAUUGUUCUUUCAUAAUACCCCGAAAAAUCCCGUAAUUUCACAAAUUUAAUUAUUUUAUGACGUCACAAUUUAGGACUCUAUAUUGUGUGUUUUUCUUUUUUAUUUUAGGUGCCAGUGCCUUAUGGGCACUAGCAGGUGUCACUCGACAUCAACAGCAACGGAUCGCCAGCAUGAUUGGCAUUAACAUCCUUGUUGACAUGCUUAUGCUAAAAUCAGAGACAUUGCAGUACAUUGCGGGAAUGGCCAUCAUUGCUUUGACUAUGGAAAACAUCGAAAACCAGGAUAAGAUAGUUGCUGGAGGUGGAGUUCAGCCACUUGUAAGACUCCUGAGAUCUCCUAAAACAUCUGAAAAGGUAGUGGAUAUUCUUACAACACAUUUUAGUGGAUAUUCAUACAACACUUUUCCCGAACAUUAUGAAGGAUGUCUAGGAGAUCUUUUAUUUUUCAAAUCCUUCUUUUUGCGUUAAGGUGGCUCGAUACAGUUUUUUCAGGGUCAGUACCUCCCAAGUUUGAGCAUAAACUACGUCGCCAUAAACAAAGAUUUGGAAAAAUUGACGCCACAGUUGUAUUAAAUAAAGAUAUAAAUUUGCUGUGAUCAGGGUUGCAAUGACAUCGGAGUUGUCAUAGCUACGAAAUGACGCCAUUACCUAAUUUACUUCCAGUAGUAUUUCUCGGCACUGGGAACUCUUCUUCCUAAAUCGUUUACUGGAGCUUUUUUCUCCAAUAGCCGCCUCGAUGUUCGUGAAGUUUAAGCAAAAUCUGUAAGAGCGUUAUCGAGAUAUUUUGUGAAGAAGCUUUUAUGGUUAGAAAUACGUUAAAAACUGGACAAUCUUGAUGUUUGACGGUUAUCUGUACUAAACGAAGCGCUUUUGACAUGCAAUUUCACCUGAUAGUAGUUUCAAUCUUCUCGAAAGCGUGUGUGAAAGAUCAUGGAGAUGCCUCCAGCCGAUUGCUAGAAAGAAGGAUUUGAUUAGUGUGUAUUGGGGCGCUCUUGUUAGCGGUAAUAUAAACAUUUUGGUCUACUUUAACAAUCAGCGAAUAAUUUUUAAACCGCUCGAUAGAUUUUCUAAAAAAUUUAAGAAUCUUCAGAUUAACCGUCCUUUUAUAUGACGUCUUAGUUUCAAGAUUAUUGAUAUAUUGGAAGGUAGUAAAAUAAGGAUUACAAUUCGCUAAUAUUUUGUAAGAAAUUUUGUCUUUACAAGUGAGAGCCUAUUAUUAUUCAGGGCCAUUGUCUCCAAGUUUCAUUUUCAAGUGAACAGCAGUAACUAACAUUGCAUUUGACAUAUGUAAAAAUGCUAGCUAUUGUUGUGCACGAAAAUAUAAAACUUGGGGACAAUUCGUCUGAAUAAUACACCGAAUGCAAAUAUGGCGGACCUCUCGGCCGGCCCGGGUCUAGUUGCGCGAAAGCGAGGCUAGUUAGGCCUCGAGAGUUUUGUUUUGACUGCUCGUCUUAGCGAUUGAGUCGAUCGAUAUGGUUUGCAUCGAGUUGUUACAUGCCUGAGGGCCACCAAAAAGAAGAUUUUCCUCCAGCUGGAAUAGCCUUUACUUUCCCGAGAUCUUUUCACAAAGAAACUUAAGGAUUCAUGCGAUUCGGCGCGGCGAUGGGAAGCACUUUACAGCGAAACUGUGCUCGCUCACUUGCUUUAGAUGAGAAGACUCACGAAAGUAUUUGAAUGAAAUAAUUUCUCACUUGUAAACACAAAAUUUCUGACAAAAUAUUAGCGAAUUGUAGCCCUUAUUUUACUGCCUCACAAUAUAUCAAUAAUCUUGAAACUAAGAGGUCAUAUAAAAGGACGGUUAAUCUGACCCGGAAAAACUGUAUCGAGCCACCUUAAAUGUGUUUGUCUCUUACAUCUGCUUCGGUUGCAAGGUACUGUACGAGUCCAAAUCCUUCCUAGUCUUUACAAUGAUGUAAAUUUCUCACUGAUAUAGUGAUAUAUAGAUUUAGCCAAGGCUAAAAGCGAAGCGUCCAUUUUUAUACUUAAAACUACUUAAACUGACCAAAAAAAAUAGAACGAACAAGCUUCAACCUAUGAAAAUCCAGAAAUUUAUACUUAACUGAUUUUAAAACAAAAAGAGAAAAUUAUAAAUCAAUUUAUAGUCUUGGAAAAGACUUCUCACCCAUACGUGUGCAUCACUAACCCCUCCAACAGAGAAUUUAUUUUAUUCUCGGGCAUUUUGUGAUAAUGAUGAUUUGGUCUGUUGAUCAUCAGGUUCUGCUUAUGGUGAUCCGUGUUCUUGGUAUUCUGUGUGUUGGCGUGGCACAUCAAUCCAACAAGUCCACACAAAUUGAAAUAACAAACGCUGAAGCGCUUGUUACUCUUGUUCAUCUUCUACGCUCCUCCAAGAAGCCGUUAAUUCAGGUUUGUUAUUAUAUCUUCUAACUCUUCCAUUAAAAGCUAAAAAAUAGAAAGAUAUUCUAUUAAGAGGUGCGUGCGCGUUUCCGAAGAGAUGUUUAUGAGUACUCGACAACAUUAGUCGAACUGCGUUGCAUCAAAUUGUUUUUAUGAAGGUGUACUUUUAUUUCUUUUUCGUUGUUAAGGCCGUAUUUUAUCCUAAAAUCACCAUCAUGUUGUAACUGUGUGGCGCUGUCGAAAGUUUCACGUCCUUCAGUCGAGAGAGAGACAACCCCCUUGUAACCGCAAACUGCCAAGUUCGUUUCUGGUUGCUCAUCGGAUGUGAAAGUCAAGGUAGCCGCCGUUGCCGUUUUUCAGUUUCAUCCAUCACACAAAGUGAAUAAAACAAGUAUUUGAGGAUAUACGUCGUCGAACAUCGAAAUUAUGUUCAACGUUAAAGCUUGCCUUCUAAUAAGUGGCGAAAAACUUUCCCCAGAUUACUUAGAAAGACUUCAAUUAAUCAAUGGAUUCACUUAAAUUAAUCAGUGGACUCAAAGGUUUUAACAUAGUUUUGACUGAAGGUAUUCUAUAUUGAUGCAGUAUACAUUUUAUCUGAAAAAAGAAGUUAAUAAGAAGAUAAUCUUUUUCUAUUCUUCUUCUUCUUCUUCUCCUCUUGUGUUGCUACAGGUGGAAGUUGCCAUCACUCUUGGUAAAAUAGUCCAGAACAACACGCAAACCCAAAAGCUUCUCGCAGAGCAAACAAAAUUCCGGGUCACCGAACUUCUUCAUCACCUCGCAAACAAAGAAGAGACCGUCCGGCACAAGGCUGGAAUGGCUCUCGCAACGUUUGCUUACAACAACACUUCUCAACAAUACGCCAUUAAGAACGCUGGUGGAAUUGCACUGCAAUCAUUUGAAGAGUUUCUGGGGUCUGAAAACGAAUUGUACCAAGCCCAUGCGGCUUUUCAGAUCAUUGUCUUAGCGCGAGUGAUAGACAGUGAUCAAGUGAAUCUGACUGCACGUGGUGUUGAAUUACUAGUGCAGUUGUUACGUUCAGAACAAGACAGUACACAAAUUCUUGCUGCUAGUUUGACGGCUAGCCUCGGUCACACGCGGGCUGGUGUUCCUGCGGCACUUAUCACCGCAGGUAGGCGAAGCUACUAGUCUUUUUUUAUACCAAGUGACCAUGUGCUACGUUUUAAAACGUUCAAACUGUUUUUAUCUAUCAAAAAGUAAAUUGAAGAUUAUGUUGAUCCGAGCAGUAUGCAAAACAUGAGUGUGGUAUUAUUGAUAGUCGCGCAAGGAGAAUUGAUACUAGCCUGCUUAGCUGGCGGGAUUGGCGUGCGUGGGCUGUAUUGUUUGGGCGGUGAGAAGAGUGGGUACAAGUCAAUUUGAAAUCCCGCCUGCCACAAUUCUUGGGUGUUUUGAAUAGUCCGCAGCCAGGCGUACGGAAGUUUCAAAUUGGCUGAGAGGCGAUGAAAUGCCAAUCAAAUGAUAAUUGAUAUCUCUACUAUCUCCCAAGGGAAAAUUAGUGCGUUCACGUGAAAGUGAAACAAAAUUGAGCUAGUAAGCAGACUCCACUCCACAAGAUUUGCGCUUGAAAGAAAUCCUCGAAAGACAUUUUUUUAGGGGAAUAGAUCUCAAAAUUUAAGACACGUCUUCUACUAUCCUCCAGAAAGGACUGAAACUAUUCUCGUUUUACUACGGGGAAUUGGCUAUAUAACAAAAGCGGAUCAGACAAUAUUGCCUUUUGUCACGCAAUGCAAACUUCCUGAUCCAUCCGAACUCAACAUCAAAAGGGCGCUUUAUCAUUUAAAACUGGCACCUUAGAAAAACGGGUGCAAUAUACUGUGGACGAUUCUUCGUUUUACAUGAGCAAAUGUUAUCUUUGCCGAUUGAGGGGUCAUGAGGCCGAUGAGUUUUCUGUGCAUUCCAGCAUUGAUUUCUUGUGGUUUUUGUCUCUGGCAGAAUUUGACCUCUGAAGCAGUUUAGGGAAUUCUUUGACCCUUUGGAAGCAUAAGGCUUUUUAUUGCGGCUAAAUGACCGUUUAAUAAAGGUUUUAGUUUCUCAAGUUUGGAGUAACCGCAGAAUACCCUGUCUGGAUGCUGAACUACUUGCAAUGAUUGUUACGCUUGGCCUGGUUCGUUUGCAGGUCAGUUUCGUAUUACACCACUCUUCCUGAUUGGGUAAUCAAAUGGUUCCAACCAAGCGGACAAAAGUGGGCAUUCAAAACUCAGAAGAAAUGUGGCAGGCGGGAUUUUCCGUCGCGGCUCCGCCGCCAAGAAAGUACCCCGGACACAAGAAUUUCGCCAGCUACGGAGGCUAAAUUGAUACCAUCUCCUGAUAAAGAUCAGCAGGCGAUGAGUGUUCAAAAUGUGGCUGUCAAUAGCAGUGACUAUCCUGAGUGUUCGUGUUUUUUUUCCUUUCAGGUUCCGUGGAAGCUCUCCUCGCCAACCUGUCUUCUGCAAAUGAGGAAGUCCGAAGCAGUGCUGCCGUUGCCCUGGGGUACCUCUCAUUUGACCGAACCGCUUCCCGGUUGAUGUUGCAAGCAUGUAGAAACACCCCAGGACUGCUAGAAUCACUUGUCUGUAACCUUGGCAACGGUAAAAUAUCCAUGGAAUUCAUGGAUGAGUGGAGGCAGACCAAGUUGGUUGGGCUGCCAUCUGCCAGGUUAGUCACGUGUUUGUUAUUUAACUGUGUUCUUAUGCUUUUGUGGACUGACAAAACGUGGGAAGAAGACAAAACAAGAAAGUCGCGCCGUUAACAAUGCUUCACUAUUGAUAUUAUAAAAGGAAUUUUUUCCUUGUCUUCAAAUUACUAAAAAAGCAUAUUUAGCGCCUUUCUUUCUUCCGUUCACGACUUGAAUCCAUCCAUUUUUUUGUUACAACAUACACCUUUUGCUGUUCAUUGCGAGAAAAAACACGCAAUCAUUUGCGUGAAACGGCGACCAAUAGUGCGAAAAUUCAUUCAUUUAACAUUUGCGCAUCCAUAUCAUAUUCAACAAGACGCUGUGGGAGCGUAUACUUAGGCGCGGUUUAAUUUCGUGUAUUCUAAUUUUUGUUUGUGUCUGUGUGUGUGUGUGCCAGGGAUGUUUGAGUAAUGCAUUAGUGUUAUAUUUUGGACGUGUUCGCUAUGAUAACGGCUGUAGCUUAUUAAUCGUUUUUAUUGGUUUGUGGUAGAACUUACAUGAAGUAGCAUUAAAUAGUUUUGUUGGAAGAUAAAGUGAUUUUAGGUGUUGCAGCGAGAUAGUUGUGGUUAAAAAAGGAUAGUGUCACUAUAGUAUUGUUAAAAUGAAGGUUUGUUAGAGAGUUUGAUGGUUAGGAACGUGGAGGGUAUUUUUAAAUUUUUGUUAGCUUUCUGUUUAGGAUCGUUUUAAGGAUCUUUUUGGUAAUAUUUGUAUCGGUGGAGAGAACGUGUUAUUAAUUUCAAUUAUUAUCAUUGUAUUAUUAUUGCUGUUGUUAUUUUUAUCAUUGUCAAUGUUAUGGUCAAUUGUUGAGAGUAGUAAGUUAAAUUAGGGGUAUGGCCGACAAAAAAAGGGUUUGAAACGAUCACCUUUGAUUGAUGAAAGUCCUAGCUGCCCUGGAGUAACUGAAUUUUAAGACUGCGUUGCCAGCAUGGAAAGUUUACCAUCAGGGUUGAGAUUCCCUCUGUUUUGUCUUCAUGAAUAAUUUAUGAGUCUCACGAACAGAGGACCAAAAGAGCGGGGGGUUUGGAGGGCAGUUCCUUUCAUAGAAAAUGAUGCACUUGAAAAUUGCCUAAUAAAAAUUGUACGUUCUGAAAGCCCAGGGAAAAAUAUCAAUAAAAAUUUUGGCGUCAAGGCAAAAAAAAAACCUUGUCUCAUAUUUAUGUCUGCAAAAGUUUGUCUUGAAAUCUGAUACUCAUGUAAGACGUAUCAAGUUCCAUAGAAAAGUAAACAUGUGUGAAACUUUCCCUGCGCAAGUGUAUCGAUGAAAUUACUGGUACCUUUCAUUUAGCAACAAUAGGACAUUUUUUUGCCGUUUCCGUUUAAAAAAAUCUCUUGUCGGAUUGAAAAAUCAAUUAUCUCUUGUUAAUAAAGGUUUCUGUAGAAAUCAAAAUAUACUUGCUUCAUUUCAUGUUUACUUUGCUAACCUUCAGCCGAACUAAAAAUAGAUUGACCACGUCAGCACGUUUAAUCGAUCCUAACAAAGAAUUUGCUGUGAUUGAAAGCCCAACUUUAAUACCAGACAAUUCUUUGCUGUUUUUUUUUUAAUUAAUAACUCAAAUUUGGGUUUGCUUGUUACCGUCCUGAAGGUUUCGUAGAAUUCGUUGCGGGGGUAUCAAAAAGUUUCGCAGUAUCUUGUCCAGCUUGGUUGUGCACAUUUACUGUUGGAAAAUACUAGUAUUUACCUUCAAAUCUCUGAAAAGAUAACCGACUUGUCGUUGGAAAAUACCCUAACGUUAAGGUUAUAUUCUCCUCCAAACUGAAAAUUAUCCAUGUGUUGCUUUUUCAACAUGUUUUAAAAUCGCUUUAAAUUUCAGUCACACUAUCUUGACUUAUCUUGUUCAAUUUCUUGACCCACAUUUAGGAUUUCAAAAACACUUGCAAUAACCAAACACAAUUCGCAGUAUCUCUGGUUACUUCCCGUUGAUACCUCUGCGUUUGCCGGCAGUCUACGCCUGGCUAUGUGCUCAGUCUUGUCCCAAUAAUUAAAUUGCACUUUUGAAGCAAACCAAAUAAGGAAAUCUCUUUGAAGUUUGCCGAUCUGGAAACUAUUACGUGGGACACGCCCAAGUAAUUACGAUUUCUGCAUUUUACAGUAAUCAACAUCCAGUAACACUUUUGGGCAUUCGUAUGCGUCUUUCGGCAUAGAAAAGAGAAAAAUAAAUAGCUAUAGCGCAGCCUGCACAGUAGAUGGACGGACAGUAAUUCACCCAAAGUGCUGGGCGCUGGAGGUUGAUCCGCCGCUUUUUCCCCCGUUAACGAAGCCUUCACCGCAUCCACUAUCUGCUGAACCAGAGACGGAGGAAAUGAUAUGGUUGUCGGGGCCGUAAACGGGUUAACCCAGUAGACAAGCCAGUUGAGGAUCCAGCAGACGAAGCCAUAGUCGCGGGUGAAUGCAACAUAGCGUCCCCACUGUUGCGCGUAGAAAGAGAUAUGACUGAUAAAACCCAACAAAUCCACGU